AUGGAGCAAAUGGUAGUUAAAAAAGAACUAAUCGAUGAUUUCGAAUGCAAUAUUUCGAUAAAUAACGAUAAACCAAGUACCUUUGCUGACCAAGAAAUGCCUUUAACCUCUGGAAUAGCCGUAAAACAAGAAAUCAAGGAAGCAUUGGAUGAUAGUGACCACUAUGAUGAAUUAGGGGUGAAAGAAAAAUCAGAAACUUCCACAAAUGAAAAAGACGACUUUACUAGAGCCAAGCAAGCCGAAUUAAAAUUUAAAUCAAAAGACGAAGUGUUAGUCAACAAAGGCAUAACUUUGCCACAAAGAUAUUUAAACAUACCUGCCCAUAAUUUUGGAUCUAAAAUUCCUGAUAGUCAUGAAAAAAGUGGAAAUUAUAAUGAUGAAAGUAAAGAUUUCUCUUCCAAUAUUAAGGAAGAAGAAAGGGCAAGUGACUUUUUUCAACACAAUAAAAAUGAAGAAAAGGAUGAGGAUGAAGUGAUGUUUGAGCCAAAAAUAGAGAUGGAAUAUCAUGGGGUUGAAUAUUAUGAAUCAGGGACCAACAGUGAAGUUGUAAAUAAAGAUAUACAGGCAAUAAUAGGCCUCACAAAAGCAGGAAAAGAAAUUGGAAACACUCCAGAAUCCAGAAACGGUAGAGUUGAAGAUAUUGUUGAUUGCGUGUAUGAGUGCACACACUGUUUAGUUCAAUUUUUCGACAAAGAAAUAGGUCUGAAGCACGAGAAAAAGUGUUCAAAACCCAACGUUAGAGCCGACAAAGUAAAGUUGUUCGAAUGUGAACUUUGCUCCAAGAAAUAUCCGACAAAAAAGGUUUUAUUUGACCACAAAAAGUACGUUCACAGAAGGGACGAACUGGAAAAGUUUAAAUGCGACCAAUGUCAUUACGAAACCGCCCAAAAAGGCGGUUUUAAUCGUCACUUGAGGAUGCACAAUAGAAAAAACUUUUUAAAGUGCAACUUUUGUUAG